ACAAACGAAUGCUUCAGGUACAUUUCUUCGUGGAAGUCACUGUAUUCUCUAUUUUCCUCUGUUUUACACUAGAAUAUAGGCCUAUAUUUCGGAUACAACGUCUACAACAGCUCCCUUUAAAUUUUUAUGGGUUCCACAAUGUAACCCAUCGUGAAAAUCCAUGCCAUUCCGCUAUCCCGGGGGACAGCAACGAUAUACAUCCCGCGUUCUGUAACUCCCUACUCUCAUGGGGAACUUUACAGAACGCAUUUGGAAAUGAUCGACCUAGAGUGAGUACAAUUCCUUUAUUUCUGUGCCUGUCCUAUUACAUGCCCAACAAAGGGUUUUACAUCCGUCUGCCUGCUAUGCAGUUGUUGACCGGUUUUUGUUUUUAACUAAGUUUCCCCCUCAUCAGGACUCUCCCAGACCAUUUCAACACGACCCUGGUGGAAAAUCAGCAGAGCCGAGUUUGAAGAAGAUGAAUGGUUUGUUAUUAUCUACUCAGCCACAUUUGAAUCAGGUACAUUUUAAUGAGGUAUUAUCCCUAGGGUAGCAAUAAGGGCAUAACAUCCAAAGUGACAUACUCAGUUGUAAGUAGCCGAUGAUUAAGCUGUAACAUAUGUUCCAACCCACUGUGUCAUCAAAUGUGUACUGUUACUGUACACUACUAUAUGUUAACUAAUGGUCCUUCACAGGACAACAAGGGCAAUGUGGGCCCUUGGCUUUCUGUGCUGAAGAGGGUCCUGUUCGUUCUGUGGCCUCAGCAGCAGGCCCCUGGGGACAGUCCCUCUAUGCCUCCAUAAGCCACCUGGCUAACAUCAUGCAGCAUAGAGCCCGGAGCCGCAGGAGGAGCCUCACCAGAUACAUCACUGGUCACACUCUGCCUCAGGUAAGCAUGCACGCAGCACAAAUACAUACAAAGCCCCAGGGGUUGCGGUAAAAAAUCCUAAUGGAAAAUAAUGAAGCCAUUUUCCAUACAUGGUUUCGUGAAACAGAAAAAAAGCAUGUAGCGUCUACUUUUGUAUUUUCUUUCAGGUUCAGAGUGCUGCACAGCCAUCAGCGUUUGGACUCAAAUUUCACAAAUGUGCCCAGGUAAGUAAUGUUGACUGUGUAGAGGACGGGCUUGCUUUGCUUAUUGCUUGUUACCGUUCAGGUAGACCGGAUAUCUGGUAGUCUAUAUGUGUGCCCAUGUGGCAUUUGUAGUCAAAAUGUGGAAGGCUUCACAGCUAUCAUAUCAUGUCCUCAACGCUAUAUAUAUUUUAAUCUCGCUCUCUCAUGUCCUCAUAUUUCGCAUUGCACUAUUAUCUAUAUGAUCCUUUGGGACACAGGUGGAGGUGGGGACUGAGUUCCCCCAUCUGACAUUCUUCCUGCUCAUCCACAACAUCGGGCCUCCGGGGGGCACCAACCUGUCCCAGCUGGCCAUCAGGGACUCCGUAUCUGGGAUAGCACCCCUUCAGAGUGUGGGGAUGGUGGUUGAGAAAGGCUUCCAGACCUUCACCAUUGACUCACUUCCAGGUAAAAGUCAUGAGAAAUCUGUCUCUCCUCAGUCUGUCUGUCUGUCUGUCACCCAGGUCGUGUUAGGUAGCCAUAAAAAGGAAGAAGAAUACAUUUGUAUUGUACAUUUGAUUGAAUGGUAGGUACUACCUAAACCUGUCUAAUAACAGAUUAUGAAUGGUUAGGUACUACCUGUCUAAUAACAGAUUAUGAAUGGUUAGGUACUACCUUAACCUGUCUAUUAACAGAUUAUGAAUGGUUAGGUAUUACCUGAACCUGUCUAAUAACAGUGUAAUGAAUACUCGGACAGAGUGGUAAGAUCCAAUCGCAGAAUCGCGAUGCUUUAUUAGAGUACAGACAAGGGAAUAGCUUAAUCGUGGUCGGGCGGGCUGUGGUCAAAACCGGGCCAGGCAUAGACAGGCAGAGGUACCAAGGGAGCGGGCGUAGUCGUAGUCGAGGGCACAGGCACAGGGUCAGAGUACGGUAAUCACUGAGAUAGACAAGCAGAGGGUUAAGCAAUACGGGGAGUCAAACAACAAGGCACUGGUCGGAUACACGGGUAAUCAAAAAACAACAAACUCUCUCUCUCUCUCGGAACAAAACGCUUAGCAAGUCACAAUGGAACAAUACCUCGCACCGACUGAACUUCUGAGCACACCUUAAAUCCUACACUAAUUACUGACAGGUGUGCUCAGAACUCAGGUGAACCAGAUCGAGUCUGAUGACUCCCCCUCUCUGUAGAUCGGGGAAGUGUCAGACUCUGACUAGACCCAGCCAACCCCCGAUCCCUUACAGUAUCCCCCUCCCCAGGGCCGGCUCCUGACGGCCUUCUACCUCUACCGGGUGGUCUUCCUCUGGGUCGGGGUCCGGGAUGAUCUGGGUGUUCAGCGUGGAAAGUGGCCUUGAGAGCGGGGUCUAGUAUGUCCUUAGCAGGGACCCAGGACCGUUCCUCCGGUCCAUAUCCCUCCCAGUCCACGAGAUAUUCGAUGCCCCCUCGUCUCCGUCUUGACUCCAGUAUCUCGUGGACUGUAUAGGUGGUGUCCUGUUCAUCCUCCAAAGGUGGUGUAGUAGGUUGUUGAGCGAUUGGUGGGUACAUCGGGCUAUAAUGGACAGGUUUCAACAGGGAGACGUGGAACGUAGGGUUUAUCCUGUAGUGUCGAGGGAGUAACAGACGGUAGGUGACAGGGUUAAUACGUCUCUGUAUCUUGAAGGGACCAAUGUACCUGGGUUGGAGCUUCUUGCAGCUCCGUCCGAACCGCAGGUCUCGGGUAGACAGCCACACUCGCUGCCCGGGUUGAUAAGUGGGAGUAGGUCUCCGGCGUCGGUUGGCGUAGGUCUUUUGCUGUUGUGAGGCUUGACUGAGAUGUUGAUGGGCCGUCUCCCAGACCUGCGCACUCCGACGGAACCACUCGUCCACCGCUGGUACCAUCCCGGGUGCGGUAUCCCACGGGAACAGGGGUGGUUGAUACCCUAGAACACACUGAAAGGGCGUUAGACGUAGGGAGGUGUGAAUGAGAGAGUUCUGAGCAUACUCUACCCAAGGAAGGAAUAGGCUCCACUCUUGCGGCUGCCGCGAACAUUGUUGCCGUAGAUACUUCCCAAUUUCCUGGUUGAGCCGUUCUGUCUGCCCAUUGGCCUGGGGAUGAUAUCCGGAGGUUAGGCUAACCGAGAUGCCCAAGCGUUCGCAGAAGGCCUUCCAGAACCGGAAUACAAACUGGGGUCCCCGGUCGGAAACAAUAUCCUCCGGGACACCAAACUGCCGGAACACCUGGGUAAACAUAGUCUCAGCCAUCUGAGUGGCGUUAGGCAAACGGUUCAUGGGUACCAACCGGCACAUCUUGGAGAAACGAUCGAUGACCACGAGAAUUACAGUAUGGCCGUCUGAUUCUGGUAGGUCGGUAACAAAGUCCAUUGCAAUGUGCGACCAGGGUCGUUGAGGAGUUGGCAAUGGCAUCAGCUUACCCUCCGGUAGUGCACGAGGUACCUUGGACUGAGCACAUACUGGACAGGAUAAGACAGUCUCUGACAUCAUCUGUGAGGGAAUCCCACCAGUAUUUUCGGCUGAUGAGUCGUGUAGUUCGAGUGAUUCCGGGAUGACCAGAUCCCAGCGACGUGUGGCACCAUUCCAUCAGUUGAGGUCGAAGCGGAGCUGGUACAAACACCUUCGACACCGGGGUUUCUGGAGGAGCUGGUUCCGCUUGUAAGCUCUCCUGAAUCGUGUCAUCGAUAGCCCACCUCACAGGACCAGCACGGCAACUCAUGGGGAGGAUAGGUUCUGGUUCCACCGGUCUUUCAGCGCGCUUGAACCGUCGGGAAAGCGCGUCCGCCUUACAAUUCUUGGACCCGGGAAUAUAAGAGACAGUGAAUUGGAAACGGGUGAAGAAUAAAGACCACCUUGCCUGUCGGGAGUUCAGUCGCUUAGCACUGUGAAGAUACUCCAGAUUGCGGUGGUCCGUGAGCACUUGGAACGGAUGAGCUGCUCCCUCCAGCCAAUGUCUCCACUCCUCCAGUGCUAACUUCACCGCCAGUAAUUCCCGAUUUCCCACGUCGUAGUUCUGCUCGGCCGGAUUCAGCUUCUUAGAAAAAAAGGCACAGGGUCGUGAUUUGGGCGGCUCACCUUGGCGCUGGGAUAGCACGGCUCCAACUCCAACCUCCGAGGCGUCCACCUCCACGAUGAACGGCAAGGUAGGAUCCGGCUGACAUAAAAUGGGAGCGGUGGUAAAUCGUUGUUUCAAUGUCUCAAAAGCCCGCACUGCCCCCUCCGUCCAUUUCAGACCACGACCCUUGUAGCUGGUCAUCGCCGACAGGGGAGCUGCGGUUGUGCUGAAAUUACGCACGAACCGUCUAUAGUAAUUGGCAAACCCUAAGAAUCUCUGGAGCUCUUUCACCGUCUGUGGUUGAGGCCAGUCUCGUACAGCUUGCACCUUGGAUUCAUCCAGUUUUACCCCGUCGGGAGUGAGUAUGGCCCCAAGGAAGGAAAUCGUCGUGACAUGGAAUUCACUCUUUUCGGCCUUCACGAACAGAGAGUGUUGUCGGAUUCGGUCCAGAACCUGUCGUACAUGGGACACAUGUUCACUCAGAGAGUUAGAGUAGAUUAGGAUGUCAUCAAUGUACACUAUGACAAAGCGAUCAAUCAAGUCCCUGAAAAUGUCAUUCAUGAACGCCUGGAACACAGAGGGCGCGUUAGUAAGUCCAUAGGGCAUGACACAAUAUUCAUAAUGUCCUCGAUGGGUGAUGGUGGUCUUCCAUUCAUCCCCUUCUCUAAUGCGCACCAGAUUGUACGCACUCCUGAGGUCCAGUUUACUGUAGAUGGAGGCCUGCCCCACCUGCUCGAGGGCUGCUGGAAUCAAAGGAAGGGGGUAACGAUUUUUAAUGGUUAUAUCGUUCAAACCUCGAUAGUCUAUACAAGGACGCAGUCCGCCAUCCUUUUUCUUAACAAAAAAAAAACUGGAUGCGGCGGGAGACGUAGAUGGGCGAAUGGCCCCUUGCUGUAGUGCCUCAUCAAUAUACUUGCUCAUUGAUUCUCGUUCCGGCUGUGACAAAGGGUAGAUUUGUCCGCGAGGAGGUGUCGCCCCGGAUAGCAGAUCAAUUGCACAAUCCCAGGCCCGAUGCGGUGGUAACACGGUAGCCCUCUCCUUGGAGAACACCUGCGCGUAAUCCUGGUACUCUGUAGGAACAACAGUAGACACCGCACCCUUCGCAUCCUCCACAGUAGACGUUUUGCAAGGUAAAAUGAGGCACUCUGCCCUACAUACCUCACUCCAAGCCGUGAUAUCGCCAGAUUUCCAGGAGAUGACCGGAUCAUGGGUAACGAGCCAGGGGUGGCCGAGGACUAGCGGCUCCCGUGGAGCGGAGAUGACGAACAGAAUGAUGUUCUCAUGGUGCAGGGAGCCCACUUGUAAUUUGAUUUCCUCGGUACGGUGCGUAAUGAACCCAGUGCCCAUGGGCUCACCGUCUAGCGCGUUGACUCGCAGGGGAGGUUGAAUUGGGAUAAGUUGAACUCCCAACUCCUCAGCAAGACCCAUAUCCAGAAAGCUGGCAGCCGCUCCGGAAUCAAUAAGUCCUUCCAACCUGCGCACUUUCUCUCCGACAGAUAAGGUAACUGGCACAUACAUUUGUUUAGAUGUAAUGUUCAAAACUGGAGUCUCACUCACCGGUUUGGCAGUUCCGAGGCGAUAUCCUGGGGUACGGUUUGGUCGUACCGGACAUUGACGAACGAAAUGACCCAACUGACUACAAUACAGGCAUAGUCCGUCUUGCCGACGUUGUUGUCUCACCGACCCUUGUAGAGGUGACCGUCCCAGUUGCAUAGGUUCCUCCUCAGAUUCUCUCCUCCGCUCUGUCGAUUGCUGAGGACCAGUGAUCGAGGGCUCCCGGACUGUGGAUACCUUGUGUUGCACUAUAAGAUUAUCAAUAGAGAUGGCUAUUUUGAUAAAUUCAUGUAGCGCAGUGAUAUCUCCUCGACAAGCCAACUCAGUCUGUACGUCUUUGCGCAGCCCUCUUCGGAAAACGGUGAGCAAAGCCGUCUCGCUCCAUCCGCUACCGGCUGCUAUAGUACGGAACUCUAAAGCGUAGUCGGCUACGGUGCGACGGCCCUGCUGAAGUUCGCAUAGUUGGUCUCCCACACUACGCCCAGAUACUGGGUGGUCGAACACCUCCUGGAACAGUCUCUUGAACUGAACUUCCGCAUUCAACUCGGGAACCUCAGCUGCCCAAAGCGCAGUAGCCCAAUCCAGUGCUCUUCCCGUUAGUAGAGAAAUCAUGAAAUCCACCCUGCUACGGUCAUCGGGAAACAUAGUACGAUUAUACGACAUAUACAGGGACGUCUGAAGUAGAAACCCCUGACAUUUGCCAGGUUCCCCGUUGUACCUAGUCGGUAGAGAAAUCGGAGGUGUAGGACGAGGACUGACCGUGCUCGGGGUGGUGCCUUCAGCUGCACCAGCGUUGAGUAGCUGUAGGAGUUCAUCCAUGCGUUUCUCCUGUAUCUCCCAUCGCCUCUGUAAUUCCGCUGGAUCCAUGGUAAUGGCGAGGUAUUCUGUAAUGAAUACUCGGACAGAGUGGUAAGAUCCAAUCGCAGAAUCGCGAUGCUUUAUUAGAGUACAGACAAGGGAAUAGCUUAAUCGUGGUCGGGCGGGCUGUGGUCAAAACCGGGCCAGGCAUAGACAGGCAGAGGUACCAAGGGAGCGGGCGUAGUCGUAGUCGAGGGCACAGGCACAGGGUCAGAGUACGGUAAUCACUGAGAUAGACAAGCAGAGGGUUAAGCGAUACGGGGAGUCAAACAACAAGGCACUGGUCGGAUACACGGGUAAUCAAAAAAAAAAAAACUCUCUCUCUCUCUCUGUCACGAUCGUCAGGAACAGAUGAGGACCAAGGCGCAGCGUUGCAGGCAAACAUACUCUUUAUUUAGCGUCAAAUGACCAAAACAACAAAACGAUAUUGUGACAGUUCACGGUCUAACACAAACCGACUGGAAACAAAAUCCCACAAACACGAAUGAAAAACAGACUGUUUAAAUAUGGCUCCCAAUCAGAGACAACCCGCAACACCUGACACUCGUUGCCUCUGACUGGGAGCCACUCUGGCCAACAUAGAAAUAGCACCCAUAGAAACAAAACACAUUGAUCUACACACCCUGGCUCAACAUAACAGUGUCCCCAGAGCCAGGGCGUGACAGUACCCCCCCCUAAAGGCGCGGACUCCAACCGCGUCAACCAAAUACCACAGGGGAGGGACCGGGUGGGCACUCCGCCUAGGCGGCGGAUCCGGCUCCGGGCCUGAUCCCCGCUCCCUCUCCAACCCCCCAAAGUACCCCUGGUCCGGUCUGGCCGGAGCUGGACUGCACACUGGUGGAGCGGAUUGCUCUAGCUCCGGCGUGAAGCAGCUGACCCGUGCUGAACCAGGCACCAGUGGAACAGGCACGGGCUGUGCCGGACUGACGACGCACACCACUGGCUUGGUGUGGGGAGCAGGAACGGCCCGAGCCGGGCUGACGAAACGCACCCCUGACUUGGUGCGGGGAGCAGGAGCGGGCCGAACCGGGCUGACGAAACGCACCACUGACUUGGUGCGGGGAGCAGGAACGGGCCGAGCCGGGCUGACGAAGCGCACCACUGACGUGGUGCGGGGAGCAGGAACGGGCCGAGCCUGGCUGACGAAGCGCACCACUGACUUGGUGCGGGGAGCAGGAGCGGGCCGAACCGGGCUGACGAAACGCACCACUGACUUGGUGCGGGGAGCAGGAACGGGCCGAGCCGGGCUGACGAAGCGCCCCACUGACUUGGUGCGGGGAGCAGGAACAGGCCGGACCGGACUGGCGACGCACACCACUGGCUUGGUGUGGGGAGCAGGAGCGGGCCGGACCGGGCUGGCGACGCACACCACUGGCUUGGUGUGGGGAACAGGCACGGGCCGUGCCGGACUGACGACGCACACCACUGGCUUGGCGUGGGGAACGGGCACGGGCCGUGCCGGACUGACGACGCACACCACUGGCUUGGUGUGGGGAGCAGGAGUGGGCCGGACCGGGCUGGCGACGCUCACCAUAGGGUCGGUGCGGGGAGCAGGAACAGGCCGGACCGGGCUGGCGACGCGCACCACAGGCUCGAUGCGAGGAACAGGAACAGGCCGGACCGUACUGGGGACACACAUCACUGGCCCUAUGCAGGGAUCAGGAACGGGCCGGACCGGACUGGUAACACACACCAGUACCUCUCGCCGUGCCUCCACACUUUCCCUCUCCUCUGUGACCAGUGGCCCCCUCAACCUGGCGGCCUCCCUUGCACACCCGCUGGACCGCUCCAUCGCGGCCUCCUGCUGCCCCGUCGUCCCCGGCGUGAGCCCCCCCCUAAAGAAUUUCUGGGGGUCUCUCCUCCCCGUGGGCCAGGCCUCUAUAGUUCUCGCCCAACUCUCGCUCUUCUGCCUCCAACUCCAGCCAUUCUGCUCUUCAUUAGGCUUGACCCAGUCGAGACUCUUCCUCCACUGUUCCCAAGUCCACCCUCUCUGCUCUUCACUCGGCUUGACCCAGUCGAGGCUGCCACGGAGAUCUGCUAGGGAUUUCCCUGGCGAUGGCUCCUCGACUCGCUGCUUGGUCCAGUUCUGGUGGGAUUUUCUGUCACGAUCGUCAGGAACAGAUGAGGACCAAGGCGCAGCGUUGCAGGCAAACAUACUCUUUAUUUAGCGUCAAAUGACCAAAACAACAAAACGAUAUCGUGACAGUUCACGGUCUAACACAAACCGACUGGAAACAAAAUCCCACAAACACGAAUGAAAAACAGACUGUUUAAAUAUGGCUCCCAAUCAGAGACAACCCGCAACACCUGACACUCGUUGCCUCUGAUUGGGAGCCACUCUGGCCAACAUAGAAAUAGCACCCAUAGAAACAAAACACAUUGAUCUACACACCCUGGCUCAACAUAACAGUGUCCCCAGAGCCAGGGCGUGACACUCUCUCGGAACAAAACGCUUAGCAAGUCACAAUGGAACAAUACCUCGCACCGACUGAACUUCUGAGCACACCUUAAAUCCUACACUAAUUACUGACAGGUGUGCUCAGAACUCAGGUGAACCAGAUCAAGUCUGAUGACUCCCCCUCUCUGUAGAUCGGGGAAGUGUCAGACUCUGACUAGACCCAGCCAAGACCCGAUCCCUUACAAACAGAUUAUGAAUGGUUAGGUACUACCUGUCUAAUAACAGAUUAUGAAUGGUUAGAUACUACCUGAACCUGUCUAAUAACAGAUUAUGAAUGGUUAGGUACUACCUUAACCUGUCUAAUAACAGAUUAUGAAUGGUAAGGUACUGCCUGAACCUGUCUAAUAAAAGAUUAUGAAUGGUUAGGUAUUACCUGAACCUGUCUAAUAACAUAUUAUGUAUGGUUAGGUACUACCUUAACCUGUCUAAUAACAGAUUAUGAAUGGUUAGGUACUACCUGAACCUGUCUAAUAACAGAUUAUGAUUGGUUAGGUACUACCUGAACCUGUCUAAUAACAGAUUAUGAAUGGUUAGGUACUACCUGAACCUGUCUAAUAACAGAUUAUGAUUGGUUAGGUAUUACCUGAACCUGUCUAAUAACAGAUUAUGUAUGGUUAGGUACUACCUUAACCUGUCUAAUAACAGAUUAUGAAUGGUUAGGUACUACCUUAACCUGUCUAAUAACAGAUUAUGAUUGGUUAGGUACUACCUGAACCUGUCUAAUAACAGAUUAUGAAUGGUUAGGUACUACCCGAACCUGUCUAAUAACAGAUUAUGAUUGGUUAGGUACUACCUGAACCUGUCUAAUAACAGAUUAUGAAUGGUUAGGUACUACCUGAACCUGUCUAAUAACAGAUUAUGAUUGGUUAGGUACUACCUGAACCUGUCUAAUAACAGAUUAUGAAUGGUUAGGUACUACUUGAACCUGUCUAAUAAUAAUAAUAAUAAUAAUAAUAAUAUGCCAUUUAGCUGACGCUUUUAUCCAAAGCGACUUACAGUCAUGCGUGCAUACAUUUUUGUAUAUGGGUGGUCCCGGGGAUCGAACCCACUACCUUGGCGUUACAAGCGCCGUGCUCUACCAGCUGAGCUACAGAUAACAGAUUAUGAAUGGUUAGGUACUACCUGAACCUGUCUAAUAACAGAUUAUGAAUGGUUAGGUACUACCUGUCUAAUAACAGAUUAUGAAUGGUUAGGUACUACCUGAACCUGUCUAAUAACAGAUUAUGAAUGGUUAGGUACUACCUGAACCUGUCUAAUAACAGAUUAUGAAUGGUUAGGUACUACCUGAACCUGUCUAAUAACAGAUUAUGAAUGGUUAGGUAUUACCUGAACCUGUCUAAUAACAGAUUAUGAUUGGUUAGGUACUACCUGAACCUGUCUAAUAACAGAUUAUGAUUGGUUAGGUACUACCUGAACCUGUCUAAUAACAGAUUAUGAAUGGUUAGGUAUUACCUGAACCUGUCUAAUAACAGAUUAUGAAUGGUUAGGUACUACCUGAACCUGUCUAAUAACAGAUUAUGAAUGGUUAGGUACUACCUGAACCUGUCUAAUAACAGAUUAUGAAUGGUUAGGUACUACCUGAACCUGUCUAAUAACAGAUUAUGAAUGGUUAGGUACUACCUGAACCUGUCUAAUAACAGAUUAUGAAUGGUUAGGUACUACCUGAACCUGUCUAAUAACAGAUUAUGAAUGGUUAGGUACUACCUGAACCUGUCUAAUAACAAGUUAUGUUCAUUUUUGUUUUCAGUUUCAAAAGGUUCUGCUAGUGUGUCCCGCUGAACAGGACCUCAGGCUCCACCUGAACUAUCAAUCAUAACCAUUGUGAGAAUGAUUUUGAUAUGGAUUCUUACAUUGUUUUGGUUGUGUUCCUACAGCUGGGUCUCAGUAUGUUGUGACGUAUACUGCCCUCAUCAAGGGUCACAAGAGUGAAAUUCUGGACCUGCCAGCCUUCCUAACAUUCUCCAAUGCUUCACUGGUACUGUACUCUCACUACUUUUUUCAUAUUUAACUUGCUUUUUUUGUUUCUCGCCAUCAGAAACACUUUACAUUACUAUACAUAGGCAUCAGAUGAGGCUGGUGGGAGGAGCUAUAGGAGGACAGGCUCAUUGUAAUGGCUGGAAUGGAAUAAAUGGAACAGAGUCAAAUGUGGAUUCCAUAUGUUUGGUGCGUUUGAUACCAUUCCAUUAAUUCCAUUCCAGUCUUUACAAUGAACUCAUCCUCCUAUAUAGCUCCACCCACCAGCCUCCUCUGAUAGGCAUUAUUUCAUGGUAACUUUAACUGUUCUCGCUCCACAGAAUGACGUCAAUAUGUUUGGUCCAGUGGUGGCUAAUUUGACACUGAGGGUGAACUCCACGGACAAGGUAACUUAGUAUGGACUUCUUAGUACAGUCGCCUGCCUCACCUUACAGACGUUGUAUCACAGUUAUCAGGUCACAGGUUUGGCCAUGACCAUGAUACUCAUUUCUUUCUCUAUACUGAAUGUUAAGUAAAUAUCUAAUAUGACCUACUUUCAGAUUCACCCCAAUCACGGGGUCCACUUUGCUGGGUUUGUUGGGGGAUUCUUCCUAUCCUUGUUGCUGCUGUCCCUAGGAUUUCUGGCUAUGAACCUGAUAUGUGCCAGAGCCAGGAAAACCUCUCUGCAGCGAAGGGUAGGCUGUUAUGACUAUUACCUCACAACAAUUAGCUAGCCUGUGUCCCAGAUUGUUUUUGCUGUCUUGCCAACUCCAUUGCUGCGUGACAGUGCCAUGUUGGCUGCGUGACAGUGACAGCAAUGGAUUUGGGAAGACAGCAGUGGCAGAUGUGGAACUUGGGCUACAGCCGGGGAAAAACCCCAAUGAAACCGAUGAAAAGUUAAACAGAUUUUGUCCUUUAUUUGAAAGAUUUAGAGUGAUGUCUUUUUUCCCUCUUGUUGGUUGACUUAAGGAUUAUUUAUUUCUAUUUGAAAACAACCCACAGUAGAGAGAGUGUUACUAUUUCGCUGUAUGUCUGUCUUUUGCAUAGAAAAAGCGAGGUGAUUCAGACCCUGAGUAUGCAGUGUGCAACAUGAGCGAGACGGCCAAAGAAGAGGCGGCAUUCGAGGACAAGAUGGUGGACAUUAUGGUGCUGGAAGACCCCCAGAACAUGUAUCAAGCUCUGGAGAAGUAUGGCUACACUAGCAGAAAUAAUGCUUUAUUACUCAUCAUAAGCCUAUAUAAGCCUUUAUUGUGUCUUAUACUCAAUGCUUAUAUGAUGUAUUUCUAUUCUGACUAGACUGAAGCAGCUGAUAUUUAGUCAGGAUCAUUAUGUCAGGAUGCUUAGAAGUUUAUUAGGCAGUCAUACAUGUGUAAAAUUACUCGGGCAUCAUAUUGCAUUAUACCCGUCUGCAUUGUGUUACUGAAUGAUAAAGUGUAAAGUCAGAAAAAGCAUUAUAAUAUACAUCUGACACCUCACAGCCUGGAGAUGUCCAGCCUGCUGCGGGCCACCUCUAGCCUGGAGAGCAGCCGUGUCCAGAUGUACAAGGACGUGAUCGCCGCCCUGCUGGCCGCGCUGCGCUCCCAGAAUCACAUGUCCCAGCAGGCCGAGCAGCGCCUCCUGAGCGUGCUCCACGGCCAGCUGAUGGGCAUGGAGGGCAAGCUGAAGGAGGAGCACGUGGCGCGCAUGGCAACCCUGGCGGCCCAGUGUAACCUGGAGACCCGGGAGCAGAUGGAGGCCGAGCACCGCAGGGAGGCCCAGGAGAAGGCCCGGGCAGAGGUGCUGUUUCAGCACGCCGGCCAACAGGUACUGUCUGUAGGGGCUAUUGUCAAUCAAAAAAUCACUGGCACAGGUAGAGAUCAAUGUGACUUGUGCACAAGGAAUUGGUUAAACAGGCCAGAAAUGGCUCCUACAGGCACAGAUGGAGAACCAACCCCCUAGUCCAGGGCUGGCAUGACUAACACUCUUCCUGGAGAGUGUGGGUGUGCAGGCUUUUUCACCAGCACUGCACUAACACACCUGAUUCAGCUAAUUAUGCUGAAGUGACUAAAAUGUAAAUGUUAGGUGAUUAUUUGAAGCAGGUGUGGGCUGGAGCAAAAGCCUGCACGCUCAGUAGCUCUCCAUUUCACUGGACAGGACGGCAGGUAGCCUAGCGGUUAAGAGCGUUGGGACAGUAACCGAAAGGUCAGUGGUUCGAAUCCCCGAGCAGACUAGGUGAAAAAAUAUGUCGAUGUGCCCUUGAGCAAGGCACUUAAACCUAAUUGCUUAUGUAAGUCGUCUGCUAAAUGACAAAAAUAAUCAAUUUACAUAAAAUAAAAUAAACACAUUUGGACAGGCUAAAUAAAGUACACUUCAAGUAUAUCACACUUAUAUUUGACCCAGGUCUGGUUCGUUUUGGUUGAUUCUCCAGGAGCUCCUCCAAUGUGGUGUCCUCCUGGAGAAGCUCCACAAGCUGAAUCAGAGUCAGCUCCAGCGCACCCUGCUGGCGAGACAUGAGGAGGCAUCUGCCAAGGUCCAGAGGCACAUAGUGGAGUGGAGGAGAGUAGAGCUGCACCAGAUCUUCUCAGAGGAACUGGAGGAAGCCACCAGGAUGGGCGAACUGGAGAAGACCGUGGCCAGGAGUCUCCUGCAUGACUACUUCACCUACCAGGUAAGCUAGUGAGCCAGAGCCUACACCUGGGUCACGUUCAGUAGGAACAGUAUGAAAAAUGUAUGCACUCACUAACUGUAAGUCGCUCUGGAUAAGAGUGUCUGCUAAAUGACUAAAAUGUAAAUGUAAAAUGAACAAACAGACGGAAACACUUUAAAACGGGCAACGGAAAAAGCAUUCUUAUAGGACAUGUUCAGGUAGUAGCUAUAGUUUUCAUCAAGGUUUUGCUGGGUGCAUCCCUGAAUGUUGUUUCGGGCUCGGGGAUAUUAUGUGAAAAGGAAAAACUUAAUGGUAUCUCUUCUCAUUUUAUUCCAUCUCUUCUCAUCUCUUCACAUUUCAAGGCAUCUCUUCACAUUUCAUGGCAUCUUUUCUCAUUUCAUGGCAUCUCUUAUCUCUUCACAUUUCAUGGCAUCUCUUCACAUUUCAUGGCAUCUCUUCUCAUUUCAUGGCAUCUCUUCUCAUUUUAUGGCAUCUCUUCUCAUCUCUUUACAUUUCAUGGCAUCUCUUCUCAUUUCAUGGCAUCUCUUCCCAUCCCAUGGCAUCUCUUCUCAUUUCAUGGCAUCUCUUCUCAUUUCAUGGCGUCUCUUCUUAUCUCUUCACAUUUCAUGGCAUCUCUUCAAAUUUCAUGACAUCUCUUCUCAUUUCAUGGCAUCUCUUCUCAUUUCAUGGCAUCUCUUCUCAUUUCAUGGCAUGUUUUCUCAUAUUAUGGCAUCUCUUCUCAUCUCUUUACAUUUCAUGGCAUCUCUUCUCAUUUCAUGGCAUCUCUUCCCAUUUCAUGGCAUCUCUUCCCAUUUCAUGGCAUCUCUUCUCAUUUCAUGGCGUCUCUUCUUAUCUCUUCACAUUUCAUGGCAUCUCUUCUCAUUUCAUGGCAUCUCUUCUCAUUUAAUUGUAUCUCUUCUCAUUUCAUGGCAUCUCUUCUCAUUUCAUGGCAUCUCUUCUCAUUUCAUGGCAUCUCUUUACAUUUCAUGGCAUGUUUUCUCAUUUUAUGGCAUCUCUUCUCAUCUCUUUACAUUUCAUGGCAUCUCUUCUCAUUUCAUGGCAUCUCUUCCCAUUUCAUGGCAUCUCUUCUCAAUUCAUGGCAUCUCUUCUCAUUUCAUGGCGUCUCUUCUUAUCUCUUCACAUUUCAUGGCAUCUCUUCUCAUUUCAUGGCAUCUCUUCUCAUUUAAUUGCAUAUCUUCUCAUUUCAUGGCAUCUCUUCUCAUUUCAUGGCAUCUCUUCUCAUUUCAUGGCAUCUCUUCUCAUUUUGUGUAAUCACUUCUAAUUUUUUGGCAUCUCUUCUCAUCUCUUCACAUUUCAUGGCAUCUCUUCUCAUCUCUUAACUUUUCAUGGUAUCUCUUCUCAUUUCACGGCAUCUCUUCUCAUUUCACGGCAUCUCUCAUCUCUUCACAUUUCAUGGCAUCUCUUCUCAUUUCAUGGCAUCUCUUCUCAUUUAAUGGCAUCUCUUCUCAUCUCUUUACAUUUCAUAGCAUCUCUUCUCAUUUCAUGGCAUCUCUUCUCAUUUCAUUGCAUCUCUUCUCAUUUCAUGGCAUCUCUUCUCAUUUCAUGGCAUCUCUUCUCAUUUCAUGGCAUCUCUUCUCAUUUUGUGUAAUCACUUCUACUUUUAUGGCAUCUCUUCUCAUCUCUUCUCAUUUCAUGGCAUCUCUUCUCAACUCUUCACAUUGUAUGGCAUCUCAUCUCUUCACAUUACAUGGCAUCUCUUCUCAUUUCACGGCAUCUCUUCUCAUUUCACGGCAUCUCUUAUCUCUUCACAUUUCAUGGCAUCUCUUCUCAUUUCAUGGCGUCUCUUCUUAUCUCUUCUCAUUUCAUGGCGUCUCUUCUUAUCUCUUCACAUUUCAUGGCAUCUCUUCUCAUUUCAUGGCGUCUCUUCUUAUCUCUUCACAUUUCAUGGCAUCUCUUCUCAUUUCAUGGCAUCUCUUCUCAUUUAAUUGCAUCUCUUCUAAUUUCAUGGCAUCUCUUCUCAUUUCAUGGCAUCUCUUCUCAUUUUGUGUAAUCACUUCUCAUUUUUUGGCAUCUCUUCUCAUCUCUUCACAUUUCAUGGCAUCUCUUCUCAUCUCUUCACAUUUUAUGGUAUCUCUUCUCAUUUCACGGCAUCUAUUCUCAUUUCACGGCAUCUCUCAUCUCUUCGCAUUUCAUGGCAUCUCUUCUCAUUUCAUGGCAUCUCUUCUCAUUUCAUGGCGUCUCUUCUUAUCUCUUCACAUUUCAUGGCAUCUCUUCUCAUUUAAUUGCAUCUCUUCUCAUUUCAUGGCAUCUCUUCUCAUUUCACGGCAUCUCUUCUCAUUUCACGGCAUCUCUUAUCUCUUCACAUUUCAUGGCAUCUCUUCUCAUUUCAUGGCGUCUCUUCUUAUCUCUUCACAUUUCAUGGCAUCUCUUCCCAUUUCAUGGCAUCUCUUCUCAUUUCAUGGCGUGUCUUCUUAUCUCUUCACAUUUCAUGGCAUCUCUUCUCAUUUAAUUGCAUCUCUUCUCAUUUCAUGGACAUCUCUUCUCAUUUCAUGGCAUCUCUUCUCAUUUCAUGGCAUCUCUUCUCAUUUUGUGUAAUCACUUCUCAUUUUAUGGCAUCUCUUCUCAUCUCUUCACAUUUCAUGGCAUCUCUUCUCAUCUCUUCACAUUUCAUGGCAUCUCUUCUCAUUUCACGGCAUCUCUUCUCAUUUCACGGCAUCUCUCAUCUCUUCACAUUUCAUGGCAUCUCUUCUCAUUUCAUGGCAUCUCUUCUCAUUUAAUGGCAUCUCUUCUCAUUUCACGGCAUCUCUCAUCUCUUUACAUUUCAUGGAAUCUCUUCUCAUUUCAUGGCAUCUCUUCCCAUUUCAUGGCAUCUCUUCUCAUUUCAUGACAUCUCUUCUCAUUUCAUGGCGUCUCUUCUUAUCUCUUCACAUUUCAUGGCAUCUCUUCUCAUUUCAUGGCAUCUCUUCUCAUUUCAUGGCAUCUCUUCUCAUUUCAUGGCAUGUUUUCUCAUUUUAUUGCAUCUCUUCUCAUCUCUUUACAUUUCAUGGCAUCUCUUCUCAUUUCAUGGCAUCUCUUCCCAUUUCAUGGCAUCUCUUAUCUCUUCACAUUUCAUGGCAUCUCUUCUCAUUUCAUGGCAUCUCUUCUCAUUUUAUGGCAUCUCUUCUCAUUUUAUUCCAUCUCUUCUCAUCUCUUCACAUUUCAUGGCAUCUCUUCUCAUUUCAUGGCAUCUCUUCUCAGUUCAUGGCAUCUCUUCUCAUUUCAUGGCAUCUCUUCUCAUUUUAUGGCAUCUCUUCUCAUCUCUUCACAUUUCAUGGCAUCUCUUCAAAUUUCAUGACAUCUCUUCUCAUUUCAUGGCAUCUCUUCUCAUUUCAUGGCAUCUCUUCUCAUUUCAUGGCAUGUUUUCUCAUUUCAUGGCGUCUCUUCUUAUCUCUUCACAUUUCAUGGCAUCUCUUCUCAUUUCAUGGCAUCUCUUCUCAUUUAAUUGCAUCUCUUCUCAUUUUGUGUAAUCACUUCUCAUUUUAUGGCAUCUCUUCUCAUCUCUUCACAUUUCAUGGCAUCUCUUCUCAUCUCUUCACAUUUCAUGGCAUCUCUUCUCAUUUCACAGCAUCUCUUCUCAUUUCACGGCAUCUCUCAUCUCUUCAUAUUUCAUGGCAUCUCUUCUCAUUUCAUGGCAUCUCUUCCCAUUUCAUGGCAUCUCUUCUCAUUUCAUGGCAUCUCUUCUCAUUUCAUGGCGUAUCUUCUUAUCUCUUCUCAUUUCAUGGCAUAUCUUCUCAUUUCAUGGCAUCUCUUCUCAUUUCAUGGCAUCUCUUAUCUCUUCACAUUUCAUGGCAUCUCUUCUCAUCUCUUCAUAUUUCAUGGCAUCUCUUCUCAUUUCACGGCAUCUCUUCUCAUUUCACGGCAUCUCUUAUCUCUUCACAUUUCAUGGCAUCUCUUCUCAUUUCAUGGCAUCUCUUCUAAUUUCAUGGUAUGUCUUCUCAUUUUAUGACAUCUCUUCUCAUCUCUUCCCAUUUCAUGGCAUAUCUUCUCAUUUCAUGGCAUCUCUUCUCAUUUCAUGGCGUCUCUUCUUAUCUCUUCUCAUUUCAUGGCAUCUCUUCUCAUUUAAUUGCAUCUCUUCUCAUUUCAUGGCAUCUCUUCUCAUUUCAUGGCAUCUCUUCUCAUUUUGUGUAAUCACUUCUCAUUUUAUGGCAUCUCUUCUCAUCUCUUCACAUUUCAUGGCAUCUCUUCUCAUCUCUUCACAUUUCAUGGCAUCUCUUCUCUUUUUCACGGCAUCUCUUCUCAUUUCACGGUAUCUCUCAUCUCUUCACAUUUCAUGGCAUCUCUUCUCAUUUCAUGGCAUCUCUUCUCAUUUAAUGGCAUCUCUUCUCAUCUCUUUACAUUUCAUGGCAUCUCUUCUCAUUUCAUGGCAUCUCUUCCCAUUUCAUGGCAUCUCUUCUCAUUUCAUGGCAUCUCUUCUCAUUUCAUGGCAUCUCUUCUCAUUUCAUGGCGUCUCUUCUUAUCUCUUCACAUUUCAUGGCAUCUCUUCUCAUUUAAUUGCAUCUCUUCUCAUUUCAUGGCAUCUCUUCUCAUUUCAUGACAUCUCUUCUCAUUUCAUGGCAUCUCUUCUCAUUUUGUGUAAUCACUUCUCAUUUUAUGGCAUCUCUUCUCAUCUCUUCUCAUUUCAUGGCAUCUCUUCUCAUUCAUGGCAUCUCUUCUCAUCUCUUCACAUUGUAUGGCAUCUCUUCUCAUCUCUUCACAUUUCAUGGCAUCUCUUCUCAUUUCACGGCAUCUCUUCUCAUUUCACGGCAUCUCUUAUCUCUUCACAUUUCAUGGCAUCUCUUCUCAUUUCAUGGCUUCUCUUAUCUCUUCACAUUUCAUGGCAUCUCUUCUCAUUUCAUGGCAUCUCUUCUCAUUUCAUGGUAUGUCUUCUCAUUUUAUGGCAUCUCUUCUCAUUUUGUGUAAUCACUUCUCAUUUUAUGGCAUCUCUUCUCAUCUCUUCUCAUUUCAUGGCAUCUCUUCUCAUUUCAUGGCAUCUCUUCUCAUCUCUUCACAUUGUAUGGCAUCUCUUCUCAUCUCUUCACAUUUCAUGGCAUCUCUUCUCAUUUCACGGCAUCUCUUCUCAUUUCACGGCAUCUCUUAUCUCUUCACAUUUCAUGGCAUCUCUUCUCAUUUCAUGGCGUCUCUUAUCUCUUCACAUUUCAUGGCAUCUCUUCUCAUUUCAUGGCAUCUCUUCUCAUUUCAUGGUAUGUCUUCUCAUUUUAUGGCAUCUCUUCUCAUCUCUUCUAAUUUCAUGGCAUCUCUUCUCAUUUCUUGGCAUCUCUUCUCAUUUCAUGGCGUCUCUUCUCAUUUCAUGGCAUCUCUUCUCAUCUCUUCACAUUUCAUGGCAUCUCUUCUCAUUUCAUGGCAUCUCUUCUCAUUUCAUGGCGUCUCUUCUCAUCUCUUCUUAUUUCAUGGCAUCUCUUCUCAUUUCAUGGCAUCUCUUCUCAUAUCUUCACAUAUCUUAUCUCAUUCUUUCCCAUCUAAUAUAUUCUCAUCUCUUACGAUCUCAUCUUAUCUCUUCUCUUCUCAACUCAUCUUCUCUCAUCUCAAUUAAUCUUAUCUCUCCAGAAUCAACUGGAGGAGGUGCUGGACGUGGUCCUGGCCAACCAGCGUUGCAUGCUGGGAGAGCGCCAUGCCCAGAGGAGGUUCCUGGUGCACAGCCUCCACAGCCUGAAGGGCCUCAUCUCUGAGACCUUCUCCAAGACCUCUAGCCAGAUAGAGAGCUGCUUCAACCAACACAGGAGGUUGGUUUAUGCUAUGACCCUAUACAUGUCUUAUAUUGUAUGUCAGAUUUUAUAGCACCUGUUGUCUUCUACCUACCUCUCCUAAAGCAUUUGUAGGCUACUAAGGGGUUCGGAAAAUUCUGCAGGCCUCUAGAUGUGUAUUUAGCUGUAUCCCUAAAUCUUUAUUUCUAGAUGUAGCCUAGAUUCCGACAAUGCACCCUCUCCUGUGCUCCACCAGGGGGAGCGAUGUGUCUGGGGAGCAGGUGGAGCUGCUGCUAGACAAGGCCCAGAAGCAGCUGGUGCUGGUGAAGCAGGGGCUUGACGAGGCUCUCAACCGGGAGAGGAGGGCCAUGCACUGUGGCCUGGUCAAGAAGAGGAGAGACCUCAUCUCUGACAUGGUGAGAUGAUUGAAAGUGUGUCGAUUAAGUGUAAUUGCACAGUGUUGCUAGCCGGGUCCCAGAUCUGUUUCUGCUAUAUCUGGGACCAAGGUACAGUUUUGCCCUCAGGCGACAAGCCUAUAAAGUAGGGAGGGACUAAGGGGUAGGGGGGGACUAAGGAGUAGGGAGGGACUAAGGGGUAGGGAGGGACUAGGGGGAUAGGGAGGGACUAAGGGGUAGGGAGGGACUAGGGGGAUAGGGAGGGACUAAGGGGUAGGGGGGGACUAAGGAGUAGGGAGGGACUAUGGGGUAGGGAGGGACUAGGGGGAUAGGGAGGGACUAGGGGGAUAGGGAGGGACUAAGGGGGUAGGGGGGGACUAAGGGGUAGGGAGGGACUAAGGGGUAGGGGGGGGACUAAGGAGUAGGGAGGGACUAAGGGGUAGGGAGGGACUAAGGGGUAGGGAGGGACUAAGGGGGUAGGGGGGGGACUAAGGAGUAGGGAGGGACUAAGGGGUAGGGAGGGACUAAGGGGUAGGGGGGGACUAAGGGGUAGGGGGGGACUAAGGGGUAGGGGGGGACUAAGGGGUAGGGAGGGACUAAGGGGUAGGGAGGGACUAGGGGGAUAGGGAGGGACUAAGGGGUAGGGGGGGACUAAGGGGUAGGGAGGGACUAAGGGGUAGGGGGGGACUAAGGAGUAGGGAGGGACUAAGGGGUAGGGAGGGACUAGGGGGUAGGGAGGGACUAAGGGGUAGGGAGGGGACUAAGGGGUAGGGAGGGACUAAGGGUGUCACGAUCGAGGUAAGGAGUAGACCAAGGCGCAGCGUGAUGAACAAACAUACUUUAAUUAGUUAAAGCAUCAAAAUACAAAACAAAACACGACUCGUGACGUCCACGGUAUCAAUGACCGAACACGGAACAAAAACCCACAACCACAAAGGGAAAACAUACAGUUAAAUAUGGCUCCCAAUCAGAGACAACCAGCCAACAGCUGACACUCGUUGCCUCUGAUUGGGAGUCACUCAGGCAAACAUAGAAUACAACAAACUAGAAUGAACACCAACACAGAAAUACACACAUAGAAAUGAACACACCCUGGCUCAACAUAAUGAGUCCCAGAGCCAGGGUGUGACAGUAUCCCCCCCUAAAGGCGCGGACUGCGACCGCGCCUCAACUAAACAAACCAGGGGAGGGCUGGGCGGGCAUACCUCCUCGGCGGCGGUUCUGGCUCCGGCCUUGACCACCACCCUCCAAUACACCCCCCAUAGUGCCCCUGGUCCAGUCUGGCCCCGCCGGCUGGAGCAGGACUGGACUUAACAGGAGCGAUCCUUACCAGGCUGUCGACUCGCACCCCUGGCUUGGUGUGUGGAGGAGGAACGGGCCUUACCAGGCUGACGACGCGCACCCCUGGCUUGGUGCGUGGAGGAGGAACGGGCCUUACCAGGCUGACGACUCGCACCCCUGGCUUGGUGCGUGGAGAAGGAACGGGCCUUACCAGGCUGACUUCUCGCACCCCUGGCUUAGUGCGAGUGGCAGGAACAGGCCGGGUCGGGCUGGCGACGCGCACCGUAGACUUGGUGCGGGUGGCAGGAACAGGCCGUGUCGGGCUGGCGACGCGCACCGUAGACUUGGUGCGGGUGGCAGGAACAGGCCGGACCGGGCUGGCGACGCGCACCGUAGGUUUGGUGCGAGUGGCAGGAACAGGUCGGGUCGGGCUGGCGACGCGCACCGUAGACUUGGUGCGGGUGGCAGGAACAGGCCGGACCGGGCUGGCGACGCGCACCGUAGGUUUGGUGCGAGUGGCAGGAACAGGCCGGGUCGGGCUGGCGACGCACACCGUAGGCUUGGUGCGUGGAGCAGGGACAGGCCGGACUGGGCUGGCGACGCACACCGUAGGCUUGGUGCGUGGAGCAGAGACAGGCCGGGCUGGGCUGGCGACGCACACCGUAGGCUUGGUGCGUGGAGCAGGGACAGGCCGAACCAGGCUGUGGAGACGGAUAGGAGGCCUGGAGUGAAGAGCGGCCACCACCCAUCCUGGCUGAAUGCCUACACUCACACACUCUGUGUGAGGCAUCCGCACAGGACGUACAGGGCGGUGAACCCCUGGCCUGGUGGCCUUCUGGAUCCGCCCCCUUUUCUCCUCCGUCAGCCCCGUCGUCCAUGCCGUGUGCCCCCCCCUAAACAUUUUCUGGGGUUGCCUCACGACCGUCCGACGACGACCCUGAUCACACCGUUGCUCCUCUCUCCGUCGCCUCUCCACUGUCUCACUCCAUGGCAGGCGAUCCAUCCCGGCCAGGAUUUCCCCCCAAGUCCAGGACCCUUUACCGUCCAAUAUCUCCUCCCAUGUCCAGGCUGCCUGCUCCUGGACACGCUGCUCCUCUUUCGCCAGGGCCUUUCCCGGCGCUUCCUCCCAUGUCCACCCCAAGGGCUGCCCCUGGACACGCUGCUUGGUCGUUGCAUGGUGGGUUUUUCUGUCACGAUCGUCAGGGAGAGAAGUAGACCAAGGCGCAGCGUGAUGAACAAACAUACUUUAAUUAGUUAAAGCAUCAAAAUACAAAACAAAACACGACUCGUGACGUCCACGGUAUCAAUGACCGAACACGGAACAAAAACCCACAACCACAAAGGGAAAACAUACAGUUAAAUAUGGCUCCCAAUCAGAGACAACCAGCCAACAGCUGACACUCGUUGCCUCUGAUUGGGAGUCACUCAGGCAAACAUAGAAUACAACAAACUAGAAUGAACACCAACACAGAAAUACACACAUAGAAAUGAACACACCCUGGCUCAACAUAAUGAGUCCCAGAGCCAGGGUGUGACAAAGGGGUAGGGAGGGACUUUGGGGUUCAGUCUUGGGUCAUGUUCAUGAGGCACCUCACGUAAGAGAAUGGACUGAAACAGGGAACGGAAUCUUUUCCAAUGUGUGCCCAAAUGAAAACGACUUUGGUGUGUGUCUAUGUCCAGCUCCAGGGCCACAAGCAGCGUCAGAAGGAGCUGUCGUCCCUGUCCCGGGGGGGUCUAGAGGAGGACAGGGUGGAGGUGAAGCCGUCCCAGCAUCUCCACUGCUGGCAGAACUUGCUGACCUCCCAGUGCCUGGAGCUGGGUGAGCUCAUCAACAACCUGGAUGAAGAGGCUGCCGCCGACAUCCGCAAGGUAACUCAAAAUUACACAACACCUUGUAGCCUUUCUGUAUGUAAUGGUAAGAUACCUGGAAGAGGAGGCAGCAGAUAUCUGCAGGGUAACCCAAGAUGACACCCGCUUGUUUCUCUAUAUACAACUGUAAGGUUAGGUAGUUGGUAGAUAUAAAUUGCACAGCAACAUAUGUAGCCAACGUGAUCGCUCGCUAGUUAGCGAUGCGCUAGUAGUGUCCAUCGUGCAAGUGACAGCACUCACCCAAAGACCUAAAGUAGUUCUGUCUCUACAAGGGCCAUGGCUUUGUGGAGCAAUAUGUAACACUGCUUUGUGGAGCAAUAGGUAACACUGCUUUGUGGAGCAAUAGGUAACACUGCUUUGUGGAGCAAUAGGUAACACUGCUUUGUGGAGCAAUAGGUAACACUGCUUUGUGGAGCAAUAGGUAACACUGCUUUGUGGAGCAAUAGGUAACACUGCUUUGUGGAGCAAUAGGUAACACUGCUUUGUGGAGCAAUAGGUAACACUGCUUUGUGGAGCAAUAGGUAACACUGCUUUAUGAGUGCAAAGUCUGGGUCUGCCGAAGGUCCCCAGUUUGAGCGCACAGGUACCUACCCUGUUACAAGUACACAAAACAGCUGUUUUUAAAAAGGUCAUUGUUAGACAGCAAAUUAACAUCAUACAUAAUCAUACAAACAUAUUUACAUGAAAUGUUAACUAACCAAAGAGACACUUUCCCUGACUUUCUAUUGACUAGAGACUAAUCUUUGACCAUCCCCCUUUCUCCUCCCUAGGUCACCAUGCGUGUGAUCCACAGCCCCAUGGCGGAGGUGAAGGCCAUCCAGCCUGCUGCUGCCCAGGCUCUGCUGGCCCUGGGUACCCCCCGUGGCCCCUUCCAGCAGCCAGAGCAGGGUGCCCACACAGGGGCCAGCAGCAGCAACCUGUCCCAGGCCCAGGAGAGGCUUCAUCUGGAUGGCAAGGCGGCAGUGAGGACCCUCCAGGCCUCCAGGGACUCCCUGCACCAGGGCAUGGGGAGGGAGCUACAGGAGCAGCAAGAACUGAGGGCUAAGGGUCGGGCCUUCUAUAGGUGAGCAAAUAUAUAGAUUUUCCUAUCACUUUUUCAGGCCAGUCCCUUGUUCUACAGAUUUUCAGAUUGUGAAAGGGGAAGCAAAUAAACUUCUGGGGUAUCUUAUUGCAAAUAUUAGCUCUUUGAAUUAAUUGUGUGUAUGUGUGUGUGCGCAAGCGUACUUGCAUUUGUUUGCGGUUGCGCGUAUUUGUAUACCUGCAGGUCUCUGUGUUCGUCCCAGCUCACGUUAUCAGAUGAAGAGUUACUGCGUAUGAAGCUGGAGUUCCAGAACUGUCUGUCCAGGAUGGACCACUGUCUGGUGCUGCCUCACGCCCUCUCCCGCUCCAAACUGCAGACCGCCCUGUCCACCUGGAGGAAGGAGAUGGGGGAGCAGGCUGAGCAUCCACAGCCCACGGAGGUAAUGGCAGAUUUCAAAACAUACAGCAGGGGUAUUCAACUCUUACCCUACGAGGUCCAGAGCCUGCUGGUUUUCUGUUCUACCUGAUAAUGAAUUACACCCACCUGGUGACCCAGGUCUAAGUCAGUCCCUGAUUCGAGAUCAACAAUGAAAAAAAAACGCAGUGGAACUGGCUUUGAGGUCCAGAGUUGACUUUGAGGAACAUACAGUAUCAGACCUACAGUGAGGGAAAAAAGUAUUUGAUCCCCUGCUGAUUUUGUACGUUUGCCCACUGACAUAGACAUGAUCAGUCUAUUAUUUUAAUGGUACGUUCAUUUGAACAGUGAGAGACAGAAUAACAACAACAAAAUCCAGAAAAACGCAUGUCAAAAAUGUUAUAAAUUGAUUUGCAUUUUAAUGAGGGAAAUAAGUAUUUGACCCCUCUGCAAAACAUGACUUAGUACUUGGUGGCAAAACCCUUGUUGGCAAUCACAGUGGUCAGACGUUUCUUGUAGUUGGCCACCAGGUUUGCAUACAUCUCAGGAGGGAUUUUGUCCCACUCCUCUUUGCAGAUCUUCUCCAAGUCAUUAAGGUUUCAAGGCUGACGUUUGGCAACUCGAACCUUCAGCUCCCUCCACAGAUUUUCUACGGGAUUAAGGACCUUAAUGUGCUUCUUUUUGAGCCACUCCUUUGUUGCCUUGGCUGUGUGUUUUGGGUCAUUGUCAUGCUGGAAUACCCAUCCACAACCCAUUUUCAAUGCCCUGGCUGAGGGAAGGAGGAUCUCACCCAAGAUUUGACGGUACAUUGCGCCGUCCAUCGUCCCUUUGAUGCGGUGAAGUUGUCCUGUCCCCUUAGCAGAAAAACACCCCCAAAGCAUAAUGUUUCCACCUCCAUGUUUGACGGUGGGGAUGGUGUUCUUGGGGUCAUAGGCGGCAUUCCUCCUCCUCCAAACACGGCGAGUUGAGUUUAUGCCAAAGAGCUCCAUUUUGGUCUCAUCUGACCACAACACUUUCACCCAGUUCUCCUCUGAAUCAUUCAGAUGUUCAUUGGCAAACUUCAGACGGGCCUGUAUAUGUGCUUUCUUGAGCAGGGGGACCUUGCGGGCGCUGCAGGAUUUCAGUCCUUCACGGCGUAGUGUGUUACCAAUUGUUUUCUUGGUGACUAUGGUCCCAGCUGCCUUGAGAUCAUUGACAAGAUCCUCUCGUGUAGUUCUGGGCUGAUUCCACGAGGUGAGAUCUUGCAAGGAGCCCCAGGCCGAGGGAGAUUGACAGUUAUUUUGUGUUUCUUCCAUUUGCGAAUAAUCGCACCAACUGUUGUCACCUUCUCACCAAGCACUUCGCGAUGAUCUUGUAGCCCAUUCCAGCCUUGUGUAGGUCCCUUUAAGAGUGUGCUCCUAAUCUCAGCUCGUUACCUGUAUAAAAGACACCUGGGAGCCAGAAAUCUUUCUGAUUGAGAGGGGGUCAAAUACUUAUUUCCCUCAUUAAAAUGCAAAUCAAUUUAUAACAUUUUUGACAUGUGUUUUUCUGGAUUUUUUUUGUUUUUAUUCUGUCUCUCACUGUUCAAAUAAACCUACCAUUAAAAUUAUAGACUGAUCAUUUGUUUGUCAGUGGGCAAACAUACAAAAUCAGCAGGGGAUCAAAUACUUUUUUCCCUCACUGUAGUUCAAAUAGUCAAGUAUUUAAAAGUAUUUGAGCUGAGCUUGUGUUAGCUUGCAGGUUUAACUUUUGAGAUUGAUUAUCCUAUGGAGAAAUGUCAUAUUCAAUUGCCAGAUAUUAAAAUGAAAUUAACCCUAACUCUACAUACCGUAUUUGUUGAUAAGGUUGAGUAUUUCAAAACAGGAGGAAAAUCCAGUCACUGAAAAGAAAAUACAUGCCAACGGACUGUUUUUUGUCCACUCUUUUAUCUUGUUAAUGAAGGUAUGAAGUAUCUUCCAAAAUGACAGCGUUGAAAGCAGCAUAAAAGAAAAGCUACGCCCUUUGACAACCACAUCAUGAUUGUUUUCCUCACCAUCUCCCCAUCUUGUGUGUUUCCACAGAAGAAGACGAGGACUAAAGGGAAAUCCACUGAGGCCAGACAGAGAGCAGACCCCUCAGAGCUGCUGCUCUUCCAGAAGAAGAUGGAAGACAGGAUCCAGCUGUUUGAGAAAGAAAAGGAAAAGGAGAGCACAGCCAUGGAGAAGGUUAGGGGAAUUCCAUUCAAUUCAAACUUUUUUUCAUUCCGAGGGGCAGUUAUAAAAUGGAGGAGAAGGCUUCCAUAGUGCAUACAGUGCCUCCGGAAAGUAUUCAGACCCCUUGACUUUUCCCACAUUUUGUUACGUCAAAGCCUUAUUCUAAAAUUGAUUAAAUACAGUUGAAGUCGGAAGUUUACAUUCACUUAGGUUGGAGUCAUUAAAACUCGUUUUUCAACCACUCCACAAAUUUCUUGUUAACACACUAUAGUUUUGGCAAGUCGGUUAGGACAUCUACUUUGUGCAUGACACAAGUAAUUUUUCCAACAAUUGUUUACAGACAGAUUAUUUCACUUAUAAUUCACUGUAUCACAAUUCCAGUGGGUCAGAAGUUUACAUACACUAAGUUGACUGUGCCUUUAAAAAACUUGGAAAAUUACAGAAAAUGAUGUCAUGGCUUUAGAAGCUUCUGAUAGGCUAAUUGACAUAAUUUGAGUCAAUUGGAGGUGUACCUGUGGAUGUAUUUCAAGGCCUACCUUCAAACUCAGUGCCUCUUUGCUUGAAAAUCAAAAAAGAUCAGCCAAGACCUCAGAAAAAAAUGUGUAGACCUCCACAAGUCUGGUUCAUUCUUGGAGCAAUUUCCAAACGCCUGAAGGUACCACGUUCAUCUGUACAAACAAUAGUACGCAAGUAUAAACACCAUGGGACCACGCAGCCAUCAUACCACUCAGGAAGGAGACGUGUUCUGUCUCCUAGAGAUGAAUGUACUUUGGUGCAAAAAGUGCAAAUCAAUCCCAGAACAACAGCAAAGGACCUUGUGAAGAUGCUGGAGGAAACAGGUACAAAAGUAUCUAUAUCCACAGUAAAACGAGUCCUAUAUCGACAUAAACUGAAAGGCCGCUCAGCAAGGAAGAAGCCACUGCUCCAAAACCGCCAUAAAAAAGACAGACUACGGUUUGCAACUGCACAUGGGGACAAAGAUCAUACUUUUUGGAGAAAUGUCCUCUGGUCUGAUGAAACAAAAAUAGAACUGUUUGGCCAUAAUGACCAUCGUUAUGUUUGGAGGAAAAAGGGGGUACCUUGCAAGCCGAAGAACACCAUCCCAACUGUGAAGCAAGGGGGUGGCAGCAUCAUGCUGUGGGGGUGCUUUGCUGCAGGAGGGACUGGUGCACUUCAAAAAAUAGAUGGCAUCAUGAGGAAGGAAAAUUAUGUGGAUAUAUUGAAGCAACAUCUCAAGACAUCAGUAAGGAAGUUAAAGCUUGGUCGCAAAUGAGUCUUCCAAAUGGACAAUGACCCCAAGCAUACUUCCAAAGUUGUGGCAAAAUGGCUUAAGGACAACAAAGUCAAGGUAUGUAUUGGAGUGGCCAUCACAAAGCCCUGACCUCAAUCCUAUAGAAAAUUUGUGGGCAGAACUGAAAAAGCGUGUGCGAGCAAGGAGGCCUACAAACCUGACUCAGUUACACCUGCUCUGUCAUGAGGAAUGGGCCAAAAUUCACCCAACUUAUUGUGGGAAGCUUGUGGAAGGCUACCUGAAACGUUUGACCCAAGUUAAACAAUUUAAAGACAAUGCUACCAAAUACUAAUUGAGUGUAUGUAAACUUCUGGCCCACUGGUAAUGUGAUGAAAGAAAUAAAAGCUGAAAUAAAUCAUUAUCUCUACUAUUAUUCUGACAUUUCACAUUCUUAAAAUAAAGUGGUGAUCCUAACUGACCUAAGACAGGGAAGUUGUACUAUGUCAGGAAUUGUGAAAAACUUGAGUUUAAAUGUAUUUUUUAUUUUUAUUUUAUUUCACCUUUAUUUAACCAGGUAAGCCAGUUGAGAACAGGUUCUCAUUUACAACUGCGACCUGGCCAAGAUAAAGCAAAGCAGUGCAAUAAAAACAACACAGAGUUACAUAUGGGGUAAAAAACAUAAAGUCAAAAAUACAACAGAAAAUAUAUAUACAGUGUGUGCAAAUGUAGCAAGUUAUGGAGGUAAGGCAAUAAAUAGGCUAUAGUGCAAAAUAAUUACAAUAGUAUUAACACUUGAAUGCUAGAUGUGCAAGAGAUUAUGUGCAAAUAGAGAUACUGGGGUGCAAAAGAGCAAAAUAAAUAACAAUAUAGGGAUGAGGUAGUUGGGUGGGCUAAUUUCAGAUGGGCUGUGUACAGGUGCAGUGAUCGGUAAGGUGCUCUGACAACUGAUGCUUAAAGUUAUUGAGGGAGAUAAGAGUCUCCAGCUUCAGAGAUUUUUGCAAUUCGUUCCAGUCAUUGGCAGCAGAGAACUGGAAGGAAUGGCGGCCAAAGGAGGUGUUGGCUUUGGGAAUGACCAGUGAGAUAUACCUGCUGGAGCGCAGACUACGGGUGGGUGCUGCUAUGGUGACCAAUGAGCUAAUAUAAGGCGGGGAUUUGCCUAGCAGUGAUUUAUAGAUGGCCUGGAGCUAGUGGGUUUGACGACGAACAUGUAGUGAGGACCAGCCAACAAGAGCGUACAGGUCACAGUGGUGGGUAGUGUAUGGGGCUUUGGAGACAAAACGGAUGGCACUGUGAUAGACUACAUCCAAUUUGCUGAGUAGAGUGUUGGAGGCUAUUUUGUAAAUGACAUCGCCGAAGUCAAGGAUCGGUAGGAUAGUCAGUUUUACGAGGGCAUGUUUGGCAGCAUGAGUGAAGGAGGCUUUGUUGCGAAAUAGGAAGCCGAUUCUAGAUUUAACUUUGGAUUGGAGAUUCUUUAUGUGAGUCUGGAAGGAGAGUUUACAGUCUAACCAGACACCUAGGUAUUUGUAGUUGUCCACAUACUCUAGGUCAGACCCGUCAAGAGUGGUGAUUCUAGUCGGGUGGGCGGGUGCCAGCAGCGUUCGAUUGAAAAGCAUGCAUUUAGUUUUACUAGUGUUUAAGAGCAGUUGGAGGCUACUGAAGGAGUGUUGUAUGGCAUUGAAGCUCGUUUGGAGGUUUGUUAACACAGUGUCCAAUGAAGGGCCAGAUGUAUACAAAAUGGUGUCGUCUGCGUAGAGGUGGAUCUGAGAGUCACCAGCAGCAAGAGCGACAUCAUUGAUAUACACGGAGAAAAGUGUCGGCCCAAGAAUUGAACCCUGUGGCACCCCCAUAGAGACUGCCAUAGGUACAGACAACAGGCCCUCCGAUUUGACACACUGAACUCUAUCUGAGAAGUAGUUGGUGAACCAGGCGAGGCAGUCAUUUGAGAAACCAAGGCUAUUUAGUCUGCCAAUAAGAAUGCGGUGGUUGACAGAGUCGAAAGCCUUGGCCAGGUCAAUGAAGACGGCUGCACAGUACUGUCUAUUAUCGAUCGCGGUUAUAAUAUCGUUUAGGACCUUGAGCGUGGCUGAAGUGCACCCAUGACCAGCUCGGAAACCGGAUUGCAUAGCGGAGAAGGUACGGUGGUAUUCGAAAUGGUCGGUGAUCUGUUUGUUAACUUGGCUUUCAAAUACUUUCGAAAGGCAGGGCAGGAUGGAUAUAGGUCUGUAGCAGUUUGGAUCUAGAGUGUCACCCCCUUUGAAGAGGGGGAUGACCGCGGCAGCUUUCCAAUCUCUGGGGAUCUCAGACGUUAUGAAAGAGAGGUUGAACAGACUAGUAAUAGGGGUUGCGACAAUUUCGGCGGCUAGUUUUAGAAAGAAAGGGUCCAGAUUGUCUAGCCCAGCUGAUUUGUAGGGGUCCAUAUUUUGCAGCGCUUUCAAAACAUCAGCUGUCUGAAUUUGUGUGAAGGAGAAGCGGGGGGGGCAUGGGCAAGUUGCAGCAGAGGGUGCAGAGUUGGUGGCCGGGGUAGUGGUAGCCAGAUGGAAAGCAUGGCCAGCUGUAGCAAAAUGCUUGUUGAAAUUCUCGAUUAUUGUAGAUUUAUCGGUGGUGAUAGUGUUUCCUAGCCUCAGUGCAGUGGGCAGCUGGGAGGAAGUGCUCUUAUUCUCCAUGGACUUUACAGUGUCCCAAAACUUUUUGGAGUUAGUAUUUGGCUAAGGUGUAUGUAAACCUCCGACUUCAACUGUAAAUAAAAAUCCUCAGCAAUCUACACACACCCCAUAAUGACAAAGUGUAAACAGGUUUUUAGAAAACAGAAAUACCUUAUUUACAUAAGUAUUAAGACCCUUUGCUAUGAGACUCGAAAUUGAGCUCAGAUGCAUCCUGUUUCCAUUGAUCAUCCUUGAGAUGUUUCUACAACUUGAUUGGAGUCCACCUGUGGUAAAUUCAAUUGAUUGAACAUGAUUUGGAAAGGCACACACCUGUUUAUAUAAAGUCCCACAGUUGACAGUGCAUGUCAGAGCAAAAACCAAGCCAUGAGGUUGAAGGAAUUGUCCGUAGAGCUCCGAGACAGGAUUGUGUCAAGGCACAGAUCUGGGGAAGGGUACAAAAAAAAAUUCUGCAGCAUUGAAGGUCCCCAAGAACACAGUUGCCUCCAUCAUUCUUAAAUGGAAGAAGUUUGGAACCACCAAGACUCUUCCUAGAGCUGGCCGCCCGGCUAAACUGAGCAAUCAUGGGAGAAGGGCUAUGGUCAGGGAGUUGACCAAGAACCCAAUGGUCACUGACAGAGCUCUAGAGUUCCUCUGUGGAGAUGGGAGAACCUUCCAGAAGUACAACCAUCUCUUCAGCACUCCACCAAUCAGGCCUUUAUGGUAGAGUGGCUAGACGGAAGCCACUCCUCAGUAAAAGGCACAUGACAGCCCGCUUGGAGUUUGCCAAAAGUCACCUAAAGACUCUCAGACCAUGAGAAACAAGAUUCUCUGGUCUGAUGAAACCAAGAUUGAACUCUUUGGCCUGAAUGCCAAGCAUCACGUCUGAAGGAAACCUGGCACCAUCCCUACGGUGAAGCAUGGUGGUGGCAGCAUCAUGCUGUGGGGAUGUUUUUCAGCGGCAGGGACUGGGAGGCUAGUCAGGAUCGAGGCAAAGAUAAACGGAGCAAAGUACAGAGAGAUCCUUGAUGAAAACCUGCUCCAGAGCGCUCAGGACCUCAGACUGGGGCGAAGGUUCACCUUCCACAGGACAAUGACCCUAAGCACACAGCCAAGACAAUGCAGGAGUGGCUUCGGGACAAGUCUCUGAAUGUCCUUGAGUGGCCCAGCCAGAGCCUGGACUUGAACCCGAUCUAACAUCUCUGGAGAGACCUGAAAACAGAUGUGUAGCAACGCUCCCCAUCCAACCUGACAGAGCUUGACAGGAUUUGCAGAGAAGAAUGGGAGAAACUCUCCCAAUACAGGUGUGUCAAUGUUGUAGCGUAAUACCCAAGGAGACUCGAUGCUGUAAUCGCUGCAAAAGGUGCUUCAACAAAGUACUGAGUAAAGGGUCUGAAUACUUAUGUAAAUGUCAUAUUUCAUUUAUUUUUUGUCUAAAUGUCUAAAAACCUGUUUUUGCUUUGUCAUUAUGUGGUAUUGUGUUUAGAUUAAUGAGGGGGGAAAAAACGAUUUAAUCAAUUUUAGAAUAAGGCUGUAACGUAACAAAAUGUGGAAAAGGUCAAGGGGUCUGAAUACUUUCCGAAGGCACUUUUGUUUCCUCUUUUGUUGCAUUCAUUCACUUUUUGCUACUUUCAAAGUGAACAAAAGUUUUUUGACACUUUCUCACACUCACACACAGCUGGAACAGAUGGGAAUAUGGCGGAGGCGGGUAAGGGGAUAUUCCCGGACGGACUCUGAAACCUUUAGGGUUUCUUGGACCCAGAUUACUUCUGGACUGAAAACCACACUCAGUAGAUGAUUUCCAUUUAACAUUAUUUUUAAUCCAGGAGUUCUUUUAUAAUGUCAUUCCCGAAAAACUGUUUGUUGCUAAUUUUACGAAACCUGUUAGUCAGCCUACUGAUAAACCUCCUCUCGCUAUGUCUAGGGGUCCUAGGCCUGCUGAACUGGGCCAUAACCGGAUAAAAAUGUACACAUUUACACUAAAGUAAGACAUGGUGUUGGGUUCAGAGGGGUCUCAGUGGAGUAGCUGUGGCCUAAUCACUUAACCUAACUAAUUUCCUAACACUAGCUAAACCCCUUCUCCAACAUCUCUCGCUCUAGGUCCUGGAGGAGAUGCGUAGUGAGCGGGAGGUAGAGCUCCAGCACCAGGCAGACGGCCUGGCCGUGCAGAUGGCUGCCCUCCACUAUCAGAAGGUUGAGAGGAGGACCAGGGUCCUGGAGUCCUCCAGAGCUCUGCUUAGCAUCCAGAGCCUGCUCACUGAGGAGCUGCGUGCCAGCAGGAGCCUGGGGGCAGCCCCCAUAGCCCAGAGCAUCCAGAACCACUGUCUGGUACGUACAGUGAGGGAAAAAAGUAUUUGAUCCCCUGCUGAUUUUGUACAUCUGCCCACUGACAAAGACAUGAUCAGUCUAUAAUUUCAAUGGUAGGUUUAUUUGAACAGUGAGAGACAGAAUAACAACAAAGAAAUCCAGAAAAACGCAUGUCAAAAAUGUUAUAAAUUGAUUAGCAUUUUAAUGAGGGAAAUAAGUAUUUGACCCCUCAGCAAAACAUGACUUAGUACUUGGUGGCAAAACCCUUGUUGGCAAUCACAGAGGUCAGACGUUUCUUGUAGUUGGCCACCAGGUUUGCACACAUCUCAGGAGGGAUUUUGUUCUACUCCUCUUUGCAGAUCUUCUCCAAGUCAUUAAGGUUUUGAGGCUGACGUUUGGCAACUCGAACCUUCAGCUCCCUCCACAGAUUUUCUAUGGGAUUAAGGUCUGGAGACUGGCUAGGCCACUCCAGGACCUUAAUGUGCUUCUUCUUGAGCCACUCCUUUGUUGCCUUGGCCGUGUGUUUUGGGUCAUUGUCAUGCUGGAAUACCCAUCCACGACCCAUUUUCAAUGCCCUGGCUGAGGGAAGGAGGUUCUCACCCAAGAUUUGACGGUACAUGGCCCCGUCCAUCGUCCCUUUGAUGCGGUGAAGUUGUCCUGUCCCCUUAGCAGAAAAACACCCCCAAAGCAUAAUGUUUCCACCUCCAUGUUUGACGGUGGGGAUGGUGUUCUUGGGGUCAAAGGGCAGCAUUCCUCCUCCUCCAAACACGGCGAGUUGAGUUGAUGGCAAAGAGCUCGAUUUUGGUCUCAUCUGACCACAACACUUUCACCCAGUUCUCCUCUGAAUCAUUCAGAUGUUCAUUGGCAAACUUCAGACGGGCCUGUAUAUGUGCUUUCUUGAGCAGGGGGACCUUGCGGGCGCUGCAGGAUUUCAGUCCUUCACAGCUUAGUGUGUUACCAAUUGUUUUCUUGGUAAUUAUGGUCCCAGCUGCCUUGAGAUCAUUGACAAGAUCCUCCCGUGUAGUUCUGGGUUGAUUCCUCACCGUUCUCAUGAUCAUUGCAACUCCACGAGGUGAGAUCUUGCAUGGAGCCCCAGGCCGAGGGAGAUUGACAGUUAUUUUGUGUUUCUUCCAUUUGCGAAUAAUCGCACCAACUGUUGUCACCUUCUCACCAAGCUGCUUGGCGAUGGUCUUGGCCAUGCUGGAGAGUUUGGAAUCUGAUUGAUUGAUUGCUUCUGUGGACAGGUGUCUUUUAUACAGGUAACAAGCUGAGAUUAGGAGCACUCCCUUUAAGAGUGUGCACCUAAUCUCAGCUCGUUACCUGUAUAAAAGACACCUGGGAGCCAGAAAUCGUUCUGAUUGAGAGGGGGUCAAAUACUUAUUUCUCUCAUUAAAAUGCAAAUCAAUUUAUAACAUUUUUGACAUGCGUUUUUCUGGAUAUUUUUGUUGUUAUUCUGUCUCUCACUGUUCAAAUAAACUUACCAUUAAAAUUAUAGACUGAUCAUUUCUUUGUCAGUGGGCAAACGUGCAAAAUCAGCAUGGGAUGAAAUACUUUUUUCCCUCACUGUAGGACACUGCUGGGGCAUAUAGGAUGCUUUGGCAUGCACUGUAGCCCAAUUCACACUUUAGUGAUGAAAGAUUACAUCAAUGGCUAAAUUUGAUCAAACCCGCCUGAGCAAUUUGGUCACACGACACAGACAGACACACACACACACACACACACACACACGAUACAUAAGAUAUCCUCAAUGAAUGAAGUUGUUAUGAAUCCAUUGACCCAUUUGGCUAUGACUACAGGGUUUGGAAGAAGCCGAGCUCCAGCUCCAGAGAGAACAUGCAGAGUUGGAGAGUCUGGAGACUGGACCAACCAGACUGACCCAACACAGACCACCCAAAGACCCAGACCACUCUGAUCAUGAAGAGGAGGAGGGAGACGAAGAGGAAGGGAGGCUGUUUCACAUAGAGUGUGACAGUCGCAUGGCCACUAUCCUUCACGAGGCGCUAUACAAGUGUGAUCAGGUCACCGGUCUGCAGACAGAGAGGUGAGCUUUACUCACCGUGGACCAACGACGUAUACAAAAUAGCACCCUGUUCCCUACAUAGUACCCUACGAGGCGCCGGACAAAAAUUGUGCACUAUAUAGGAAAUAGAGUGCCAUUACAGACCAAGUAUGGCUUACGUCUGAUCUGAACACAGGGCUUUACAAAAACUUGAUCACUUUGUUUGCGUUCAAAUGUGGCUUUGAUAAUAUAAUAAUAUAAUAUAAUAAUAUGCCAUUUAGCAGACGCUUUUAUCCAAAGCGACUUACAGUCAUGUGUGCAUACAUUUUUUAUUUUGUGUAUGGGUGGUCCCAGGGAUCAAACCCACUACCUUGGUGUUACAAGCGCCGUGCUCUACCAGCUGAGCUACAGAGGACCACCAUAAUCUGUGGCUCUACUGUAAUAGUAACACAAGACAGUAGCUUUUUCUAUGUACAUUUUGUUAUUAUGUUAUUUUGACCUAGUGCUUUGACAGGCUCUGAGCUGUCAUCAAUACACACCUUCCUCUAAAAGGAUUGUGCAGUUAUCCACAUAUCCACAUCUCUCCCACUCCUAUCCUCCAUCCAUCCCAUCUCUUCCAGGCUACAAGAGGCCAAUGCAAGGAGUCAGGCUAUGGAGGAUCUCAAGGAGCAGCUGGAGCUGAAGAGACUCUACACAAACUGUGACCAGGUGAUCUAGCCAUCGUAGAAUUGUGAUUCUCUGAUUGCUUUUUAGUCCAGGAGUAGGCUUAAUCUGUGUCUGAGACCCUAUUGGUUGACAGUUGUAAAGAGCCAGUCUUUUCCCUUCAUCCCUCUUUUCCCUCCAUUCCUCCCCAGGAUCUGGAGUUUGCAGCCAGGCUAGUGAGGCAGAGCCAGGUCUCCGCUGAGGUUCUCCUAGAGGCUCUCCGUCUCCUCCUCCCAACCCUCCCAGAGUCAGAGCUGCUGUCCCUCAUCAACGCCCUCUGCCCCAAGCAACCUGUCCUUCCAGCUUCCGCAGAGCAGGAGAGCAUAGGGUAAGAACUAGCAAUAGUUGUAGUUUUAUUGGUAGUAGAUUGGAAUGUUUUUGUUUAAAAGGUAGAGUCCGCAAUAUUACAUCAACAGAGCAGGGCGACUCCCUGCUUACAGACAUCAACAGCAACAGACUAUUAUUGCCUCUUCCCAAUUUGCGCCCUCCCUGGGGAACCGCCGAUAUUGCCAGUGGAAGAUUUGAACUUUGUUAUUGUUGUUGAUGUCUGUGAACAGAAAGUUGCCCUACUUUGUAUGAUGAUGUCAUAUUGAUGAUUCUACCUUUAAGCUCUGAGACACAACCUCUCUGCCUGGCCAUUGAAAACUCUGGGUAAACUUUAAUCAAGUAUUAAAAAUGGCGUAUAUGAUGCCUUGCAAGUCUUGGGUGUCUAACACCAAUUUGAACUCUCCACUUGCAUCCAGUAAGUAUGUGAAGUCGUACAUAAGCUCACUAUUUAGCAAGCUCCAAAAUACCAAUCCCACUAGAGAAUAUAACUCUUGGAGCAGUUUGUGCCGUGCACCAUAUGUUUAGGCUUGUGUCUGUCAGUGAAUCACACCAGCACAAUGUGUUACUUUUCAGUAAAUGCUGGAUGCAGUUUGUUUCACUUCUUAAAGGCGUAUAAGACAUAUUUAUCAUGUCAGUUGAAUCAUGUAUUUUGGCUCCUAUCAACGUAAUUUGAAUAUGGCCCCUUUUCGUCAUUGUAACUAGCUACCUGUCACACAAAUAGCCUGCCACAAAGGCUAGUAUUUGAAAGAAACUACAAAGAAAUAGUUAAACAUUUCAGCAUUCAUGUAGGGAACUAGUAGCAAGCUAAGACUUUGGUGAUCAUACAGGGGGGUGCUGGCAUUUCUGUACACAUGAGAACGUUUGACUGAACCUAUUUACAAAAGGUUGGUUAUUCCCCCAUUUUUACAGCACUGUCGAAGUAGUGAGAUCAAUCAAUGUGAUCUCACUGAGGAGGAAGGAAUACUACUUCUGUGCAUCAUACGUUCCCAUCUGCCUAUGAUACAUUGGCUAGGAGCAUGGAACACUUCUGUCAACGUCCUGUCUGGGCUGGCCAACAUUCUGUUUGGACUCUGUUGUUUGUGAAUAAUGCUCUUUGUUUGAGGACGCCUGGCCUGGGAUUUGGCCUGUCUAGCCAGGGAAAGAGGGAGAACAUUAACUUAAGUAGAAUAAUAUCCAUCUCCAUUUGCUUAGUUAGCCUGGCCCUCACGUGAAUAAUUUAUUUAAUUUAAUUUAUUUUUAUUACAUUUAUUUGACAAGGACCAUGUACAAUAAAAAACUAACAUAAAUCUACAGAAAUGUGAUGCAUUGUAGAUGUAUUCUUGUUAAUUUCCUUUUCCGUUCUGGGCUGUUUUCUCAGGUGGCCAGGAGGAGCUGGUAAAUCUCUGCUUGUCAGACUGAGGGAGGAUAUGGUGGGGAGGAAUUUCUCAGCCCACACGACGGACCAGGACCGAAACCAGUGAGUGCAAGACAAAGAGCCUCUCAACUUUAUUCUGGAGCUUUUAUUUCCAAUAUGAUCAAAGGCCCCAAUUAAAUUCCCAUCAUCUCAGAAUGUUGAUAAUGCAAUGUUAAGGACGAGGACAGGUGGGUCUGUGUGAAUUUAAAAAGGUUAACACCUCGAUAACGAUAAAGCAUAAACAUUGAUUAUGAGUCGACCUACAGUGGUGUUUUCCUUUAUCUGUCAUUGAAUUUAGGGCCGGGACAAUACCAGUAUCGCAAUACUCGUUAGUAUCGUGGCAAGGAAACAAAACACGAAGCAGAUUUAAUUUCUUUAGGAAAAUAGCCCGAAUGUUGGAAAUAAACAUCAAUAUGUUGUCAUCCAGAGUCACAUUUAUUUAUUUUCCAGGCUAUAGCACACAAUAUUUUACAUACAGCAGGUUUUUAAAGGACCAAAGAGUUUGGCCUCCUUCGUGUUUUCAUUUUUGCCAUGGAAAAAAUAAAUGCGAUACUGGUAUCAGUAACAGCCCUAAUUGAAUUGGAAUCUAUGGUUAUGUGUGCUAAUUACUUGUCACGAUCGUUGAGAGACGGGUCAGACCAAGGUGCAGCGUGACAAGCGUACAUGUUUAUUUCACUCAAUAAACAUAAACAAAACAAGAAACAACGUAAUGUGAAGUCCUAAGGCUAUAGACAUACAAGCCUAACACGGAACAAGAUCCCACAACUAAGGUAGGCAAACAGGCUACUUAAGUAUGAUCCCCAAUCAGAGACAACGAGCGACAGCUGUCUCUGAUUGGGAAUCACACCCGGCCAAACAUAGACACACAACCUAGAACUGAAACAUAGAAAUAGACUAACUAGAACGUAAACAUAGAAUAUAUAACAUAGAAACUCACGCCCUGACCAAACCAACUAAAGACAACAGGCCUCUCACGGCCAGGGCGUGACAUUACUAGGAAAUAACUUGGUAGAGACAAUUGGCACCUAGCGACAGAGUGGUACAUACAUUUUGGUCCCACAAAAAAACUUUUAAAAAACGUAAUGAACCCAAAAUUAAGCGUGUAUACAGUGCAUUGUGAAAGUAUUUCCGACCCCUUCACUUUUUUCACAUUUUGUUACGUUACAGCCUUAUUCUAAAAUUGAAUAAAUAGUUUAUUUUCCUCAUCAGUCUAACCACAAUACCCCAUAAUGACAAAGCAAAAACAGGAUUUUAGAAAUUCUUGCAAAAUAUCACAUUUACGUAAGUAUUCAGACCCUUUACUCAGUACUUUGUUGAAGCACCUUUGGCAGCGAUUACAGCCUCGAGUCUUUUUGGGUAUGACACUACAAGCUUGACACACCUGUAUUUGGGGAGUUUCUCCCAUUCUUCUCUGCAGAUCCUCUCAAGCUGUCAGCUUGGAUGGGGAGCAUCGCUGCACAGCUAUUUUCAGGUCUCUCCAGAGGUGUUAGAUCGGGUUCAAGUCCGGGCUCUGGCUGGGCCACUCAAGGACAUUCAGACACUUGUCCCGAAGCCACUCCUGCGUUGUUUUGGCUGUGUGCUUAGGGUCGUUGUCCUGUUGGAAGCUGAACCUUUGCCCCAGUCUGAGCGCUCUGAAGCAGGUUUUCAUCAAGGAUCUCUCUGUACUUUGCUCCGAUCAUCUUUCGCUCGAUCCUGACUAGUCUCCCAGUCCCUGCCGCUGAAAAACAUCCCCACAGCAUGAGGCUGCCACCACCAUGCUUCACCGUAGGGAUUGUAUUGUCCAGGUGAUGAGCCCUGCCUGGUUUCCGCCAGACGUGAUGCUUAGCAAUCAGGCCAAAGAGUUCAAUCUUGAUUUCAUCAGACCAGAGAAUCGGUGCCUUUUGGAAACUCCAAGCGGGCUGUCAUGUGCCUUUUACUGAGGAGUGCCUUCCAUCUGGCUACUCUACCAUAAAGGCCUGAUUGGUGGAGUGCUGCAGAGAUAGUUGUCCUUCUGGAAGGUUCUCCCAUCUCCACAGAGGAACUCUGGAGCUCUGUCUGAGUGACCAUCGGGUUCUUGGUCACCUCCCUGACCAAGGCCCUUCUCCCCCAAUUGUUUGGCUGGGUGGCCAGCUCUAGGAAGAGUAUUGGUGGUUCCAAACUUCUUCCAUUUAAGAAUGAUGAAGGGCACUGUGUUCUUGGGGACCUACAAUGCUGCAGACAGUUUUUGGUUCCCUUCCCCAGAUCUGUGCCUCGACACAAUCUUGUCUCAGAGCUCUACGGACAAUUCCUUCGACCUCAUGGCUUGGUUUUUGCUGUGACAUGCGCUGUCACCUGUGGGACCUUUUAUAGACAGGUGUGUGCCUUUCCAAAUCAUGUACAAUCAAUUGAAUUUACCACAGGUGGACUCCAAUCAAGUUGUAGAAAAAUCUCAAGGAUGAUCAAUGGAAACAGGAUGCACCUGAGCUCAAUUUCGAGUCUCAUAGCAAAGGGUCUGAAUAGUUAUGUAAAUAAGGUAUUUCUGUUUUUUAUUUUUAAUAAAUUAGCAAACAUUUCAAAACUGUUUUUGGCUUUGUAAUUAUGGGGUAUUGUGUGUAGAUUCCUGAUGAUUGUUAAUUUAUUUAAUCCAUUUUAGAAUAAGGCUGUAACGUAACAAAAUGUGGAAAAAGUGAAGGGGUCUGAAUACUUUCCGAAUGCACUGUAUGUGCUUCAGAAAUCCUCAGGAAAUUUCAUGCUCUUCAUUUUCCAGGUUCCAGGAGAAGAGGCAGAGCCUGCUGGAGAGGCUGUUCCUCAAUCCCAGACCCGAGGCUCCCAGGGACGUGAUGCAAGUGUUGGUCCAGGAAAAGGGGAGGGAGGGAGUUCUUCGACCCACUCCACAACAACCCACUCCCAAACCAGUCGCGACUGGAACGAGCCAAACCACAACCUCGGAGCAGCUCCAAGACUCUGUUCUGAUUUCAGUGGGAGGAGGAGUAGAGGUGGACAGUGAAACUGUGUUUGACUCUACUACUGUAACAGAAACCUCCACCUCUUGCCCGGCCAACGAUGCAGUAGUACAGGACAUCCCUACUACGGGAGAGAGGGUGUUUGUGUUCCGCGCCCCGCUGGAGCACCAGAACACCACGGCGGCCACCAACAGGAAGAGGAAGAAGAGGAACUUCCUUAAUCUGAAGAAGGGAUCGGUGGCCCCCACGGACCAACCCUGA